UUGCGCGCAACGAUUACAAAACAGUCGGUUUCAUACGUCACUGAAUGUAGUCAAAAUACAUGUUUGUGCACAUGUAGCGGUGUUGACCUCUGAGGAUUUCCCGAUCCGGCGAUGAAUGUAAUGCAGAUCGUUUUACAUUUGCAGAAAGUAGACUUUAACUGGCGCGAGGAAGGGCUCGGACAGAUUCCUCUGCAUCGAAGCAGACGAUGAACGUCAAUUCAAAGAAAAGACCGAAUGAAGAACAACAUCAAACACUCUCCAAGAAGCUGAAAGCCAAACAAGAAGGCAAGACAGCAUCAAAAACGGAAACCUACAUACAAGCAAGUGUCAAAUGUAUUGGAGGUCAAAAGAAAGUAGGCCAAACAAGUAUCCUUCACUACAUUUACAAAAGCUCCUUGGGACAGAGCAUCCAUGCUCAACUGCGCCAGUGUCUGCAAGAGCCUUUUGUACGCUCACUUGGAACCUACAAACUUCACCGCACAGCAAGUCCCUUUGAUCGGAGGGUCACUUGCCUGGAAUGGCAUCCCACCCAUCCCACCACUGUUGCAGUGGGCUCCAAGGGUGGAGACAUCAUCCUGUGGGAUUAUGAUAUGCUGAAUAAGAGAACCUUCAUACAGGGGAAGGGAGCUGGUGACUUUAUAGGGGGGAUGAAGUUCUGCCUCACAGAUGUGUCCAAAAUCUUUGUUGCUUCUGGUGAUGGCACAGUAAGCGUGCAGAGUUUUGAGGGCCUCCAAAGUCAGAUAUUGUCUCGAACCCCAGAUUGUGGCCAUGACCACCAUGAUCUUUGUUACUGGUACUGCUGUUUGGACGUGUCUGUUAGUCGUCAAAUGCUUGUGACUGGAGACAAUACUGGACGACUUCUUCUGCUUGGCCUGGAUGGACAUGAGAUUUUCAAAGAGAAGCUGCACAAAGCCAAAGUGACCCAUGCAGAAUUCAACCCUCGUUGUGAUUGGCUGAUGGCUACAUCCUCUGUUGAUGCUACAGUCAAGCUGUGGGACCUCAGAAAUAUUAAAGACAAAAGCAGUUAUAUCGCUGAAUUGCCUCAUGAAAAACCAGUCAAUUCUGUGUACUUUAAUCCAACAGACAGCACCAAGCUCCUUACUACAGACCAGAGGAACCAGCUCAGGGUAUAUUGUUCAUAUGACUGGUCUAAACCUUAUCAAAUAAUUAUUCAUCCUCAUCGACAGUUCCAGCACUUAACACCCAUCAAGGCAACCUGGCAUCCCAUGUAUGACCUCAUCGUGGCUGGCCGUUACCCAGAUGAUCAAGUAUUAGUCAAUGACAAGAGAACUAUUGACAUUUAUGAUGCCAACAGUGGUGGGAUUGUGCAUCAGCUGAGAGACCCCAAUGCUGCUGGUAUCAUAUCUCUCAACAAGUUUAGUCCAGCUGGAGAUGUGCUGGCUUCUGGAAUGGGCUAUAACAUUUUGAUCUGGAACCGAGAGGACACACUGAACAGUGUUAAUCGGAAACAGACAGUGGAGAAAGUGGAGGACAGUGGAGGCAGACCUGGAACCUCCAGAUCCCAGCAUCGCACUCAGCAGCAUACGAAUAGAGACAGAAGAGCAGCUGCUGAUGAUGCCAAGCUCAAGAAAAAGCUGUCAUCACUGUCAUCAACAGAGACCAAGUCAAAGACCAAGAGCAAGACAGAAUGCAAGACAUCAAAAGCAAAGAAAAAGUGAGAGAGAAUACACACUUGAGCUUUAAAACUAGAUACUUAAGGUCUCAGUCUCAUGUCAAUAUAUAAAUCCUGGAACAACAAAAAUUAAACUAAGGACUUGUUUUGUUACCUUUUAUAGGUCCUAAAAUAUGUAUAU